UCUAACAAUCCAGGUAAAAGUUUGAAAUUCAUCUCUCAAAAAACACACUUUUGGCUAAUAUCUGUCAAUCUGUUACUGUGGGAGUCUAUAUAUAGAACGGGGAUGUGAAACACGUGUAUUUGUUUAUUCGACCUUGAACUUUAAAGUGCGAACAAGUCCAGACUUGUUCUGGCGGAAUGGCAAUUAUCCACGUUUUAUAUUACCUGACUUCCUGUUUGUGUGUAAGAUUUUAUUGAUUUGAGUGAUAUCUGAACCAUUGACAAUGACAUUGUGCCCAUCCCCUUGAUCCCAGGAAGUUCUGCAGAAAACACCCGGCGUGCGUGUCCGAACAAGUUUGGAAUUUUGACGUGCCAUUGGUCAUUAAAAAUGAAUUUUAAAUGCAGUGUGAUAUUGUGCGAGAUUUAAAUGUUCAUAUUUGAAGCCGAGAAAUUUCACCUGGAAUUUUUUUAAGCUGAUACAUGUGUAUUGGAUAAAAAUUAUAAAUGCAUGUAGAUGAUGCUUAGAAAACAAACGAACAGUGUUUGAAGAUUUGCUGAAGCCUCAACUUUAGAGAGUACGGUAAAUGGUAUCUUCUCUUGAACUCACUGGAUUUUCUGAAACCAGGCAAAAUGCCACCAGGAUUUAAGUUGGUGAUUUUCCUGAAACCUCCAUGUAUGGCAGAGCAUCAGAAAGAUGAACCGGUUUUGAAGGAUGGAACAGAUCGAGGUCAGGAAAGCAAUACAGCAAGACAAAAUUCAGAGGAAAAAAAUUCCCUUGCUGAGACUGAAGAAAAAGAGAAGUCUGAUUUAAAACCAGAGCAGUGUUCCCCAGGUUUAGCGAGGGCAUCAAACCAGCAACCUCAGGGUAGCAGUCGGAUAGCUGGUCCCUCCCACAUUGUGGUGGCAGAGGAGAUAACAGUCGGAGUACCCCUGUUCCGACCAAAGAAAGAAUUCUUAAAGAUACUUAAAAAUGGUGGAGCGGAAAGCAAUUUCUUCACAAAGAAAGAGAUCAUCCACUGCUUAAAGGAAUAUAUAGGAAAGAGGCGUUUAUAUAACCCCUAUGACCCGAGUGAAGUCAACUGCGGCCAGGACGAACUCAGUCAGGUGUUUGGUGUUCAGAAAUUUACCAUCGCUGAUGUUCUGAAUUUGAUCCAUAAGAACUGCUACCAGCUCCCAGACACAUGUCUGAAGAGAAGACAGGUGCUGGUUACCAGACCUCUCCCUAGAAACCAACAGGAAACUGGUGCUGCCCCCUCACAGGACACCGCAGCUACAGGGGAGAGAAGUAGCCCUGCAGUAUGUGGCAGUCAGAGUGUGCCCACCUCCAUCAUUACCAGCAGUACUGGCCCCUCCACUUCAGGCGGGGCAUCUGUACAGUCAACAUCCACAUCACCACAGGGGGGCGCCAGAGGAGGACCACAGAGGGGCGCCAGAGAGGGAGGGGACAGCAGGAGACGCAGGCGGAAGUCCAAAAGGAGACCACGACCAAAACGAAAGCAGGACAGAAAGAACAGCUCGGAAGCAGGACCCAGCCAAAAUCGAGAUCAGGCAGGUUGUUCAGGGUCUUCUGAAUGUUUUGAUCCAUUGUACAUUAAGGUGAAGGUGGAGACUGACUCAGACACAGACCACACCAGUAACCAGGAUGGGUCGUCCAGUAGAAUUGAGGAGUCCUCAGAUGACCUGUGGUUCCUGGAGGAGGAUCAGCAGGACUCGGACACGUUCUCGAUCGAGUAUGAGAUAGAGGAUUCCGAGCCUUCCGACAUCAUCUCCGAGUCUUCCUCCGUCGUAUCAGGACAGGAUGUGAUUGUGGUUUGUUCAGACAGUGAUGUGGAAUUCUGGGCAGAUGAGAGUGAUACUUGUACAGACUGGAAUGAAGGAGAUCAAUGGACUUGUGCAUGUGGUACAAAAAACACCCCUGUCCAACGUCACUGUAAAUUCUGCUGGAAAAUACGCCCGGGCUGGCUUGGAGAGAAAAGAAAGCGUUCACCCUCCAGUGAAGAAACAGACUCAAAUAAAAAAUGGAAGGAGGAUAGUGAAACAGAUACUCCAGAUAUUGUGAGAGUCGCGGAAAAAGAGACACUGAAAUCGGACUCCAUAGAUUCUGGAAUUUGUCUUUCUAGUCAAGACACUGCAUCGUCUCAAGCAGAACUUGUCCAGCUUGGGUCCAGGAGGAUUUCACUUAAUUACAGAAGUAAGGAAUCCCCAGUUAAAAAAGCACCAGAGGAUCCAUGUAUAAUUUGUUUGAAGAGACCUAAAACGGGGAGUAUCAUUCACGGGGGCACAGGACAUCAGGUUUGCUGUUACCCUUGUGCCAAACGCCUAAAGAGAAAGAAACGAAAAUGUCCAGUAUGCAGGCGUACCAUCAAAAAUGUCAUAAGAAAUUAUGUUUUGUAAAUCAUGCAGGUCCAUAAUGCCAAAGAAUUGGCAAACUUUUGAUUACUUAUAAUUUUGAAGAACAUUUAAUGACUAUGGAAUACCGGUAUGCAUGUACAUAUUGUUAAUUUCUGCAGUAGAUAUACUGUAUUUUAAUUUUCUUGUAAGACA